UCCACCCGCCAAAAGCAAAUUGAAUAUAGGUUUACGCCACCUACAUGUUUCAGCUGCCGACUGUCGAUUGGUUAACUUUGGCUGAAUUCAUUUAUUUUGCACUAUGUACAGUAUGUGCUACCGACAUUAAGUUGACUGUGGAGCCCUCAGUAAAUGUUAUCGCUGGUGGUCACUUUAAUUUGUCCUGUUGGGUGAACUCCAAAGGCUUUCCCAUAGUUUGGACCAAGGACAACAAAGAAAUAGGAGAAGAUUGUAAACUGUUCAACACUGAUGAUAGAAUAACUUGUGUUAAUUUGGCGAAUGCAUAUAUCCUCCGCAUAAACCCCGUCACCUGGACUGACCGUGGUCAAUGGGCCUGCUCCCAUGGUCCUAAAUGGCGGCAAUUGAUAACAAUGCAUAUUAUUGUUCCAGCAUUUGUACAUCCUCCCUCAAUACUACCUGUCAGGCUACCCGUCAUACAGCCAGCAAACCGCGCAAAUUCAAAUGAUCCAACUUCUCUUACUGCAGAGUCCCAGGAUCUAGCUUUGCAUGUUGUCGGAAACGGCACACGUGACGACCCAGUUGACCUUACUGGUCAACAGGUGGACGCAGCCAAAGCAGUCAUCGUUCGCUGCCGUUCUUCCUGCGCGUCUGUCAAGCACUACCUGCAGUGGAAACACCGGAACUCGACUUGGACAAGUGCAUUGCGCCCGCAAGUAAUGCACUUCUACCCCAGUCCGGUCGCUGAACAAAUGAGAGUGGAUGAGCCACCAAUUAUCGAGAGGUGUCCUGAAGGAUUACAGUCUGUGUCGGGGCAAGUCCGGAUAGCGUGUGAUUCAGUGACAUCCAAUGCAGUAGAUCUGAACAAGUUGGUUGGGCUGAACCGCAUCACCUGCAGAGUCCACUACAACGAGGAACAGCGAUUUGUGGAUGACUUGUUGGUUGACCAUUCACCGGCGCUGCCAAGUUCACCUGUUGGGCGGUCACCAGCGUGGGGAGAGAAUCCGGUGGAAGAGUGCUCCCCGAUCGGUCAACAGCAAUUCACCUGUAUCUAUCUUCUAUGCGCAGGUCACAAAACCCCUUGGCUCACGUUCGGAGAACGCGUGGCGUUGGUGACAGCUGUGCCACUCUGCAUUCUUUUUGGCGUGCUCCUGCGUCAAGUGAGUAAACAAAGCAGACGAGCGUCACAGAAGAACCUGUUACUCCCACGACAACAUGAUGCGGUCGAGGUUAUGCUCUGAGUGAUACGCCGACGGAUGCAAGGGUCCAAGAGAUGACAUGGAAGUUGACAUUCUUAAACGCACUCAUUAUCCCCUCUUUUCUCCGGUUUUAUAUGUACAAUUUUCUGGAUACUCAUCAUGAAACAAGGGUAUAUUUUUUAGCCGCUUUGAAGUCUG